GUUCAACGCAAGCUUCGACGUAAAAACACUAGCUGUGUGGCUACUGUAUGGUGGCUCCAGAGAAAACAGCCAUUGUUUUAAACAUUUUUGUUUUAGAUUUAACAACUUGAAUUUCUUCGGGGGGAAGCGACGAGAAAAGUCAUCGGGACAUGGCGGUGUAUUUCGAUCACCGUAUCAGGGCCCCUGAAAACAGCGGUCCGCCGUGCCAAUUGUCCUGGCACAUUGCUGUACCUGUACUGGCUGUAACUUCGAGCAGCACCACCACUGGAGGCAGCGUAGACCUCUACCUUCAACAGGGAGAGUAUGUGGAGAGCUGCCAUGUAGAACGUCCUCAUCAACCCUCAGCGCUGCGCUGGCACCCCACAAAGCCAGUGCUGGCGCUUGGCUGGGAGAACGGGGAGGUACUGCUCCUGACACACCCCUCUGGAGAUCGAACCAUUCUUCCGAGUGCACAUGCGGCCUGCAUCACAUUGCUGGAGUGGAGCAGCUCUGGCAGCCGUUUGGUAACUGGAGACCAGACUGGAGUGCUAGCAGUAUGGAAACUGGAUGCCAGAGGGAGACUCCAAGGAAACUAUUUAGUGAAGCAUGAAUACAACAAACCCUUAACUUGUUGCGUCUUCAGACCGGCCUUACCUGGGGAUGAUGUGGCAUCACUCGCCCGGGCAUCAGUGCGUGGAGAUGAACGUGCUCUGGACAUGUUCAGCUGGAAGGGAGCACCUCUCAGAAUCGGCCCCCAAGAAGGACUUGUGUUCUAUGUCAGUGCCAGUGAUGGUAAGGUUUAUAGCGUGGAUGAGCAGGGUAAGUCAAGCGUGCUUCUCAGUGUGGAUGCAUCCAUCCAGAAACUCAUGUACCUUGAGAAGAGAGACGUUCUCGCCGUGGUGACAGACACUAUGACGCUGAGGCAGUACACAGUCAGACCUGAGGAGGGAGCCCAGGAAUUUAUGAAUGUUAAAUUAAGCAGUAAGUCUGGGCAGAAUGUAGACAUCGUCUGGACAGAGAUCGGCCUCAUCACAGUAACGGGGGAACAGUUCAUCCGACUAUGGGACCUGGAGAGAGAUGAGAAUGAUGUUUUGUCUCUUGAUGAGACACGUGGGUUUGAGAGAACAGAGGUGAUCAACUGUGUUUCAUACUGUGCUGGAAAAGAAAUCCUGGCAGCAGGAACCAGCCUUGGGCGGAUAGCAAUGUGGCGUUUGGUGGUUCAGCCCAGCAGCAGCAGAGAUACCAACAAUCAGUGGAAACUACAGACGCCUACUGAAAUAAAGGGCAGUGUCACUCAGCUACAGUGGGGCUCCAGCCUGAAUUUACUUGCUGCCAACAACUCAAACACGGUCUUAAUCCUGUCUGAAUAUAUGAUGUCAGCUCACUUCAGCCAGCAGGUGGCAGCGAUGCAGCUCGGCCCAUCCCAGCUCAGGAUCACUGAGUUCACCUCAGGGCUGCACCUUGAUCUGCAGUCUGACAUGCACAUCAGAGGAGUCUGUGUUACCAAGGACUUGGUGACCGUGUGGAGCGGCGCCCAGAUCAGUGUGUAUGAGCUGUCAGCAACAGGUCUCCGCAGCACAGGAUCAUUUCCAUGUGACACCCAGGUGUUAGCUGUUCAUGGAGAGAAUCUCUAUACUGUGGAACCUAACAGGGUCCAGAUCCGCACUCCCCAGGGCACAGUGAAGCAGCUGCUAACCUUCUCCAAGACAGAGGGGAACCCUGUCCUACUCAGCGUGUGUCAGUCUUACCUGGCGGUCGGCACGGACACGGCACACAUCAGAGUCUUUGACCUCUCCCGAAGAGACGCCAAAGCUCACUGUAGUUCGAAGAACUUAGCUGAACACAUCACCAAUCUGGGAGCCCUGAGGUCAGUCAAGUGUAACGCCAGCGGUAGCCAAGUCAGCAUCCUAAUCUCUCAGGUGACUGGGAGACCUGAUCACAAAGUUUACUUCUAUGAUGCUGAGAUGGACACAGUGACGUACUUUGACUUCUUCACUGGCAGACCACACAGUGGUAUAUCGCUGCCAGAAGAUGGUGAUGGGCAGCAGUUUGAGGCGGCAAAGAUGAGUGGUCGCUGUCCGGUGUCUCAUUUCUGGGAUGAAAAUGAACCUCGCCUUUUUGUUUGCGAGACAGUGCCAAUCAGCUCUGAAUCCACAUCAGUGAAUCAUGUUGAUCUGGUGGACGUGUCUGUAGUGACGGUCUUCUGCACUCAGGAGAACGGGCUUCUCAUACAGGAUUGCUACUCCAAACCCGCAGGUCUGCAAGCCCUCCUUGCUGUGGAUGUGCCCUACUAUUACUUCAGCUGCAAGCCGAGUGAAAACGAUCCUGCAUUUGCAGAGGGUCCAGCACUUACAUCAGCCUCCUCUCACAACAACAUUCCACCAAGAGGUCCUUCAGGUACUGCAGCCCAGUCCACCACUCAUAUGGUGUCUAGACGCCCCUUCAGGGACUUUGUGGGUCUGGAGAACUGUGAGAAAGCUAUCCGUGAUGCUAUGCUCAACUUCAGCUUCUACCUGGCCAUCAGUGACAUGGACGAAGCCUUCAAGUCUCUCAAGCUCAUCAAGAGUAAAGCAGUAUGGGAAAAUAUGGCACGGAUGUGCGUGAAAACCCAUCGUCUGGACGUGGCGCGAGUGUGUUUUGGGAAUAUGGGAAAUGCCAGAGCGGCAAAAGCACUGAGGGAGGCAGAGGCGGAGCCUGAACCGGAAGCACGGGUGGCCAUCUUGGCCACUCACCUUGGUAUGCUGGAUGAUGCGGAAAAGUUGUACAAAUCGUGUCAACGCUAUGACCUCCUCAACAAUUUCUACCAGGCGUCUGACCAAUGGCAGAAAGCCUUGGAGACGGCUGAGAACCAUGAUCGUAUCCACUUGCGAAGCACCUACUAUAAAUACGCCAGAUAUUUGGAGUCUUUUGAUGACAGAUCCCUGGCCCUCGCAUAUUAUGAGAAGUCAGACACCCACAGGGUUGAAGUGCCCAGAAUGCUUCAGGAUAACACAUUCUCUCUUGAGAUUUAUGUUAACAAAAUGAAAGACAAGAGUGUCUAUAAGUGGUGGGCGCAGUACUUGGAAAGCCAGUCAGACAUGGAAUCAGCUCUGCAUUAUUACGAGUGUGCACAGGAUUACCUCUCCCUUGUUCGGAUCCACUGCUACAUGAAGAAUAUUGACAAGGCAUCCGAGAUUGCCAACAGUACAGGCGACAGGGCAGCAUCUUACCACCUGGCCAGACACUACGAGAGUCAUGAUGACGUCAAACAAGCAGUCCACUUUUACACACGAGCCCAGGCCUACAAUAACGCUAUACGACUCUGUAAGGAGCACAGUUUGGAUGACCAGUUGAUGAACUUGGCUCUGCUCAGUAACCCAGAAGACAUGAUGGAAGCUGCCUGUUACUACGAAGAGAAAGGCACCCAUAUGGAUCGCGCCGUUGCACUCUACCACAAGGCUGGUUACGUCUCCAAAGCUCUGGAGUUGGCUUUUGCAACCCAGCAGUUUUCCACACUCCAGGUGAUGGCAGAUGACCUAAAUAAGAACUCUGACCCCGCCCUCUUGAAACGCUGCUCCGACUUCUUCAUUGAACAUGCAAAGUAUGAGAAGGCUGUGGAUCUCCUGGUUGCAGCCAAGAAGUAUGUGGAAGCCCUGGAGGUUUGUGUGGCUGAAAACCUGACCAUCACCGAGAACCUGGCAGAAAGAAUGACCAUCACUGACUCUAAAGAGCUGUCGGAAGAGGCCUGCAAGGAGCUGCUGGAGAGAAUAGCCGACUGUUGCAUGCGUCAGGGCAAUUACCACCUCGCCACCAAGAAAUACACACAGGCGGGCAACAAGCCCAAGGCAAUGAGGGCACUGCUGAAGUCAGGGGACACAGAGAAAAUAAUAUUCUUUGCAGGUGUUAGUCGUCAGAAGGAGCUUUUCAUCAUGGCUGCCAACUACCUACAGUCUCUGGACUGGCGGAGUGACCCAGAGAUUUUGAAGCAUAUUGUUGGGUUCUAUACUAAAGGCAGAGCACUGGAUCUGCUUUCUGGCUUCUAUGAAGCUUGUGCUCAGGUGGAAAUUGAUGAUUGUCAGAACUAUGAGAAUGCUCUUAAAGCUUUGACUGAGGCUCUGACAUGCCUCUCCAAAGUAAAGGAAUCUUCCUCUGGAAAACUGCAAGUAAGACGAGCAGAUCUGCAACACAAGAUCACCCUCAUUGGGAAGUUUGUGCAGGCGCGCAGGCUGUAUGAAGAGGAACCUGAUGAGGCGGUGCGGUUAUGUGAAUCCCUGCUGAAGGAGCCAGAGUUGGACCCUGUUGUUCGGAUCGGAGAUGUAUUUGGUUUCUUGGUGGAGCAUCACUGUCAGCAAGGCAACUUUGAUGUGGCCUACUAUAAGCUGGAGGAGCUCCAGAAGCUGUUGCCCUCACAGAAUGUACAGUACUUUAUAAGUCAGGCCAGCCUAGAGGCCCUGCAGAAGACAAUGGGCGUGCCCAUAUUGAGCUGUGGUGAUGCAAAGGAAAUUGGGAAGGAUGACAAUGAAGAGGAGGAGGACUUCAAUUUUAGCCCACAUUAAUGAUUGUGGUCACAUUAAACCACAGAAAACCAGAUUGUAUGGCCACAAACACCAUUUGGACUUGAACAAAACACAAUGGAAGAAUGAGUCAGUGCUCAAUCUUAGUCACAUUAGUCAGAUGUAUACAGUAAUCUGUUGUAAUGAGUUGGUAUAAAAUGAUAGCACAGUGGAGGAUACAGGUAUAAAACUGAGAUUGAGGCCCAUCAAAGAUACAAGAGGCUCAGUGAGAAUUGGAGAAGCAGCUGACUAGAAUGUCAACUCCAGUCAUCAGGUUUUGCUAUGUUCAGGUCCUUGCCUUUGAUUGGAAUUUUGUGGUGAUUUGUAAAACUAAACAUUUUUGAAAAGUGCAUGCAAUAUCCAAUCAGAAAAGAAAUGCUUCCAUUUUUUUCCCAGAAGCCACCAUAGCACUCAUUUUGGAUUAGUAAAAAUGGCAGCUUAAAAUUGGAAUUUUUCCAAUGUCUUGCCUUUGAGAUGAUGUAGGACAUUUUUUAAUCCAUGUUUACAACAUCAAGAAAUCCAGUGGUGGUAAUUACAAAAAUGCAUAUGUGGGCAAAGUUCUAUUUCUAAGAACCUAUCCAGUGCAUGCACUUUCCAAAAAUGUGUAGUUUUCCUAAGCCUGACAAAAUUCCAGUUAAAUUACAUGACAAAUCUGUCAGUCUAUAAAACUUAACUAACGCCCGCUGACUGUGAAUCAGGACUGAAAUGAAGAAUUCAACACUCGUGGCUCCUGAAUGUUGAACUGUUAACAUCUUAAUGGAUAUUUUCAUACAGAUUUACAACAGAAUAUUUUUUGCUACAGCUUUAUUUCAAAACAUGAGACUGGUAGAGGACUGUGAUUUAGAGAUUCAACUCAAGUUUAAAUCCAGUCCACGUGUCCUACCAUGUCUGCGAAAGGAACCAUUUUUCUAAACAGAUUUAAUUGAGCUCUACUUUAAUUUCUAGAUGAGUUUGUUUUACAGCAGAUCGCCUUUUGAAGACUGUUGAUGGUCAACAGACUGUUGCCUUAAUGGAAUUGAAUGUUUUAAAAAAAAAGGCUAAUUUUGUAUAUUCUGUCGUUAUUUAGCUGAUGUAUUUAUUUAUGUCAUUUCAUUGGCAAACCCUGUA